AUGUACACGACCAUUGGCCUGACCUGGCUUGGAACGACCAUUGUCCACCUCCGUCAGUUCGAGCACGGCUUCAAAGAUCUGGUAUGGGAGGACGACACGAUUGUAGGAGGUACGGGAGACAGAAAGAGAUGUGAAGGUGGGGGGAGGGAGAAACAGAGGCAAGAAAGGCCCCAGGGUUUUUAUUCGGUGAAUGGCGCUUUGCCUUUGAGACUUCUAUGUGCCCUCGAGGUCAAAUGGACGGACAAAGUGCCAGUACACACCCUGGGCACUCUGAUUGGCUGGCCGGCCCGGCAACAGGCCCAGUCAUCAACCUCACACGUGACAUUUUCGUGGGGCCAUGAACCCGCCGCCAAGAUACAUAUGUACCGCACCUAUUUUACACCACCUACCAACUCAUUACUCAAGAUUGGAGGAGGGUCGCUCCCGAAUUUCUCUCUUCUUGUAUGCCUGGCCAAGCCUGCGCCUGCGCCGCGAGGCAGAAUCUCAGCUUAUGAUGGAGACGGCUGCUGCAUGGCGUGGCAUGGCGUGGCAUGGCAUGGCAUACUCCAGGUUCGCCUGACAACAUAUAUCGAUCCCCUCCUCUCUCUCUUUCGUUGCCUCUUGUUGCCUCUCCUCUCGUUGCCUCUCGUUGCCUCUCCUCUCCUCUCCUCUCCUCUCCUCUCCUCUCCUCUCCUCUCCUCUCCUCCCCUCUCCGAACCUAUCGGCCUGUCCCCUUCCGCCGUCAUCAUGUCCGUCGUUGUCAUUGCCAUCGUUUGCCCCAUAGUCGGUGUAUUACUCGUCGCCGUCGGCUGCGGCUUCUGGAGUUGCAGUAGCUACCGACGCAGGAUGAAGAGGUUCGAGGACAGCGGGCUACCUGCCAAAAUCAGAAAGUCCGGCCCGCACGACACGCUCGAGGCGGCACUCGGGCGUGAUUUCGGCGACAGAGUGCAGAAGAGCACGGCUCAUGUUCUGGCGAGCCACAAGAGGUCCGAACUGCAGGGCUUCCGCGGAGGCGUCUGGAUGUCCCAUCACGCGACCGCAGCCGGCGUCCUCGAGCACUGCCGCAUCUUUGCUCACGAGCACAUGUUUGAGAUUCGCCCACGACGUCCCGACGAUGCAUCAAAAUUGGAAGCUGGCGAGCCUGCGCGAGAGGCGCUUGUCGCCGUGGGCGACAGCGUCUUGGAGUACACCUCCGAGCCGCGCACCCUUGGCGAGGAAGGCCAGCAGCGUAUCCUCGCCGCCGCCGCCGCCGCAGCCACUGCCUCGGAGGCUUCAAACUCGAAAUCAAAGCAGGGGCAGGAGCAGGAGAAUGCCGACGCCGCUCUUGCGGCCGCCGGCCUGCUUCUUGUGGGCACGCCGUCCCGGCCAACCGCCGACGGCAUCGAUGCAUUGCUCCGAACCGUCGUCGGCAGCUUCGAUGAUGCUCAGUCGCCUCAGCGCAGGAAACACCAAUGGAACCAUCUCGUGAGACAGAUUUCGGCCGCCGUCGUCGACCGCCCCAAUCGGCCCAACUACGAAUCAGUCGUCGGCAGCCGUUCCACCAACUACCGCUACGGCACCACCCUUGUUGAUCGCGCCGUCCGCGCCAAUGUCUGGGCUUCGCACGCGGAGGGCCUGCGGCGAUCAACUCCCCCGUCGGAACCUGCCGCUCUUUGCGCUGCCAUCGCCGAAGCCAAGGCCUUCGCCAAGGACAUGGCAAAGCAGUACGAGCGCGCCGGCGUGGACCUGCAUCUAGCUACGGGCUUCAAAAACGACCGGGCGCGACAUGUCGACUACUGGUUCAUAAUAAAUCCUCCCGGGGUGGGCUCGUCGCUAAGCACGACCGGCGGCGGCGGUGGUGGUGGUGGUGGUGGUGUAUCGGGAUGGCACUCGGCCUUUGUUCAGCAUGGCACCGGGGCGGGUCUGCUGGUAGCAGGCCGUCCGUCUUUGAGACGUCGGUCGCGCCGUUUGGCUCCGGCCCGGGGCUGUCUUCAUCUAGGUGUCCCUAGCGCUGCUUGGCUAACUGAUCACGGCGGCGCCACGCUUGUUUUGCAGGACGGGAGAGAGGACGGGCAGUUCGGCUCGAGAAGCAAACACGACGAGCUGGUGGCGGCGCCGUGGAACCUAAAUACUCAUUCGCGCCGCCCGCAGAACGGCUUGCACUGCGUCCAGAAGCAUGGCCGGCGAUCGACGGUGAAGCGUCAUCGGCCUUGCAGCCGGGAUCAUCGGCGGACAGAGGGAAAGGUACCUCCUAACUUACUGUACCAAGUACUGUACUGGGUGUCGAGGACUCGGGACGGGGAGCUCUGGGGCCCCCAGGCGGCGGGCAUUGCACCAGACUCGGAGGUUCUCGGUUUCAGUCUAGGUGGCGAUGUCCACGUCCACGCCCACGUCCACCUCGGACCAGCUCAUCAGCCACACAGCCUAGAAUAUGCCUCGUGCCUCUGUUUCGGCGGCCACAAGCUCGCCCGCAUCUUGCCCGGCGGCGCCGUCAUAGUCGUUCCUUCCUCCCCGGGCCAUGCAACAACGCACGAGACCACACCGCACAAAUUCCAACUACAGGGCCUCGCCAAGUGGUAA